AGCAACUUACUGGUGCCAUUAGAGCUACAGAAAACAGACAAACUGGGUUCACACCAAAUUUCAUGGUUUUUGGCAAGGAAAAUAGUCAACCUAUUGACCUAGUUUUGGGUCUUGAUGCACCUAACAGGACUAAAGAACAAAAAGAGCUAACAGAUUAUAUCAAGAUUCUUAGAGAGACGCUGACAGAGGUACAUGUCCUUGCCAGGGAAAACAUUAAAAUGGCUCAGUGGAGACAGAAGAGAGAUUAUGACCUGAAUGUCAAUUGUAAGAAUGGAAGAGGAAGAGCUAGACUAUGAGCCAGAAGAAGAGGAAGUGGGUGUGCUGAAAGAACAGAUAGAAAAGGAAGGGUGUUUGCUGAAAGAACAAAGAAUUAAAGGUAGCAGUAAUAAUAAAAAAAGAUCAAGACCAUGCUGUAUAUGCUCUGGUAGGUUUGUGAAUGUAAGAAGACAUGUACUUCGGGCUCAUGUACCCUGGUAUACUGCACCUCUGUUGGCAUGUUGGACCUGUCAACUUCAAUUUGGCCAACAGGGUGCAUUUACUAUACAUUGCAACGACUAUCACAACUCAGAGCAGACACAUGGGUAUAAAGAGGAAUUUUUGGUUGACUGGGUUGAAUUGAUGAAUGGCUUACUCAUAGAACUUUGUCGUCAGUUCGCGGUUUCCACACUGGACAAAUUGGUAACAUUCGCCAGGGAGAUGUCCACUCUAGAACAGUGUGACAAAGCAACCUUUCAUCAAACAGACCUGCCGUUUCUGCUAAAUUUCAACAGGAUAAACCAUUUUCACUCAUCAUCAGCUUACACGGUCUUUCCACCAUCAAACAUACAUUCUCUCUUACACUGGAAAGUCUUAGCUUUAUUAAUUAAAUCAUCCGAGGAUUCCGAAAAUUUACUUUCAUAUAAUUGUAAAUUGUCUCUAUGUAAAAUUACUUCACAUCCGAUACACACAGUUAUUGACACACAUUUUCAUUGGGACAAAUUCUUCCUACAAGCCAGAUUUUCUGGCUUGCCUUCAUACAUUUGGGAAGAACAAGAUAAUGAAAAAUUUCAGAUUAGAAAAUUAAUAUCAAAUUUUGUUUUUCCAAGUCGAUGGACAGCUUGCCUAGAUGGGGAUUUGUUAAGGGAGGAUAAGAGAAUUCUCCACACUAUUGGAAUCCAUCCGAAGGUAGCAGGGAACCAGGUGGGUCGGAACUUUAAUGAGUUGAAAAGAAGAAUCCCAGGUAAUUUUUUAGCAAUAGGGGAAUGUGGAUUGGACGUAAGUCAGGGGGAGAAAGAUAUAAGAGAGCAAGUUAAGGUACUACGAGUACAAUUAGAGUUGGCCAGAGAUUACAAGUUACCUGUCGUAAUUCACUGCAGAGGUAAAAACAUAACUGCCAGGUGCUUAGAUAUCAUGUCAGAGAUACUGGACAGGGAUCAUGGUGUCCACUGGCACUGUUUCUCCCAGGACAAGACAACAUAUGAAAAUAUAAAGCGGUGUUUUCCUAAUACAAAAUUUGGUAUUUCUCCAUUACUGUUAAUGGAGGAUACCUAUCCACAACUCCGCUCACAGGUUUGCGAGAUGAGCCUAGAGGACAUUAUUCUGGAAAGUGAUGCACCAUACCUCCACCCCAAGAACUAUGAGGUCAGUUCUCCAAUAUUGAUUAGAUCUAUUAUACAGAAAUUGUCUAUCAUGUUUAAUAUUCCAGGAAGGGAAAUUGCUGACAUCACCACCCGAAAUGCUCAGCAGCUAUAUAAGUUUGAAUAG